GAGACAAUGUAGAUUCUCAAACAGCCUUCCUGUGCGCAGGUUAAUACACUGCGCGCCCCUUUGAGCUCCCUCUGUCGGUGAAAAAAAAAAAAAAAAAAAACUCUGGAGCUAAAUCCCAGCCCAGCUCAAAGAUUCAUUGCGUCAAAAAGUUAAACAAACUGAGACACGUGUACGGAAGGGAGAUGGACGGAGGAGCACAGUACAAUCCGAGAACAGUGGAAGAGGUCUUCAGAGAUUUUAAGGGCCGUAGGGCCGGCAUGAUUAAGGCUCUAACCUCCGAUGUUGAAGAAUUUUAUCAGCAGUGCGAUCCUGAGAAGGAGAACCUUUGCCUUUAUGGAUACCCAAAUGAACAAUGGGAAGUGAAUUUACCUGCUGAAGAAGUGCCUCCUGAGCUUCCAGAGCCUGCAUUAGGUAUUAACUUUGCGAGAGAUGGGAUGCAGGAAAAGGACUGGUUGUCUCUGGUUGCUGUUCACAGUGAUGCAUGGCUACUUGCUGUGGCUUUCUAUUUUGGUGCCAGAUUUGGUUUUGACAAAGCUGACAGGAAACGUCUCUUUGCUAUGAUUAAUGAUCUUCCAACAAUUUUUGAGGUUGUGACUGGAAGUGCAAAGAAACAGGCUAAGGAGAAGUCAGCAGUUUCAAAUCACAGCAGCAACAAAUCCAAGUCAAGCUCAAAAGGGCGGUCUUCUGAAUCUGGCAAAUUGUCAAAGAUUGUACAGCCAAAGGAGGAGGAGGAGGAGGGGGGAUUGGAUGAGGAGGACGAGGAAGAGCAUGGAGAUACCUUAUGUGGGGCAUGCGGAGAGAACUAUGCGGCAGAUGAGUUCUGGAUUUGUUGUGACAUAUGUGAGAAAUGGUUUCAUGGAAAAUGUGUGAAAAUCACUCCGGCCAGGGCUGAGCACAUCAAACAGUACAAGUGUCCCUCCUGCAGCAACAAGAGAGCUAGGCCUUGAUACAAGAGGUGGGUUCAUCUUGUGUAAAUUUCUCACGCUCAAAUCAGCUAACUAUUUAGUUAGUCAGAUUUUCUGUAUUAUGCCAUGUUGGCCAGCAUAUUGUAUUGAGUACUUUGGUCUUGGAGACUAUCAUUGGGAUAUGUUAGUGUUAACAGUUUGCAGGAUCUGAAUGUGUCUUAUAUUUAGUUUUGAGUUGAACUGGGAUAUGUAUUUCCACUGUCUAGGAAUUCUUUUUCCUUCUUUAAGGUGAAGAGCUCUAAUUCCACCUGAAUUUGAUUGCUUAUAUUAACCUUUUCUUUGAUU